AUGGAUGCAAUUUAUGGACAACUUAAUCUUAGUAUUUAUUAUGAGCAUAGUAUAGGAACAGAUGAAAGGUUUGAUAAAGCUUUUUAUUGGUAUCAACAAACGGCUAAUAAUGGAAAUUUAUGUGGUUUACUUAAUUUAGGUAAAUGUUAUGAAUUGGGAAUUGGUGUAGAAAAAAAUGAAAGUAAAGCAUUUGAAAUAUAUAAGAAAUUUCAUGAAAAUGAUUUUAUAAAUGGAAAAUAUAAGCUUGGAAUUUGCUAUUAUUUUGGAAUCGGAAUCGAUAUUAAUAAAAAAAAAGCAUUUGAAAUAUGUAAAGAUUUAGCUGAAAAGGGCGAGAUGAUAAUAACUAGUCAAGUGUUUGAUCAGAUAAUUCAACAAAUUGAUUUUGAAGAAUUUUAG